AUGCCCACAACCAAGCCUAACAGCGAGCACUUCGUGCUCCAACGCAGCGGCUGGCUCCUGCUCCUCCUCGUCACCCGACUCUCGGCAACCAUGUUCUACGAAUGCGCCUGUUCCACCUUCCUAAUCCCAGAUUUAGAAAACUCCCCUCCGUCAUCGCAAUCACAUGCGCGGGAUCGACGGUGCGAGUCCUGUCGCAAGAGAUCGAAGAAGAGGAAUCGAAGGUGGGAACGUAGGGCUCGGGAGAAAGGGUUAGUGACGCGCUGGGGGGUUUUCAUGUGGAGGGAUGGAGAGAGGAAGGAGAGGGUGAAGGUGCUGGUUAAGGAGGCGGUGCUGGGGGGCAUGGUGGCGGUGGGGUGUGUGGGGUUGUGGAGGUUGAGGGGGGUGUGGGGGUGGUGGGGGUUGUCGGUGGGGUUUGGGUUGUGGGGGGGUUUGGGUAUGGGGGGUUUUUCGGAUAGUUGGGAUGAUGAUGGUGAUGAUGGUGAUUGA